GCAACGGUAUCCUAUUGAACUUAAUUUCCAUGAUUUUCGUCUCUUUCAUAAAAAUAGUUUGAAGGUAAACAAAACAAAAAAAAGAUAAAAUUACAGGUAUUACUAUCAUGAAAUAAUAAUUAGGGCAAAAGGGUGUCGUGCAUUUUUAGAAGUAAUAUAGAUACUACUCGUAGAUAAGCACGUUAUCGCUUUAGAGCCGAUGAUGCUGGUAUCGUUAUCAUUGUUUGUUACUUGAUUUCCAGCUCAGUUGUCCCUUGAUUCUUAAGGCAAUUAGUCCUCUUACCGUUCCGCACGAAAAUGCGGAACAAUCGGUUCCGCGCAUUAGGCGCAUUCGGAUUAGUAAUAGUAUCGAUUGGUCUCUUAACAUUAGUUACCGGUGUGAAAACGCAAACGGAAAAUGAAGCAUUUGACACUGCAUUUGGUUUAAAUAUCAACGAUAAUACAGAAAAUGUUGAACAGCCUACAGAAUCUGAUGGAGUACCAGCAGUUUCCGGUGAACCACAACCGUCUGAAAUUAAUGACCUUAUCGGUACCGGAAAUCCAGAGGAAGAGCCAGAAAUCAUCGAAGAAAAGGACAACCACGAGGAGGAACCAAUUGUUUCGGAAUCUGAGUCAUCCCCUGGUACCGUACCAAAAGAUGUUAAACCCGAAGACAUCCAACCGGAUUUAACGAAAUCAUACGGUAUCUCUAGUAGGAUCGAUACCGACAGAAGCGGAAAAUAUGUGAGCUACGAUUCGGAUUCACCGGAGGCGUCAAGAUAUGCUCCACGGGCGGAAAACAGCCCGGUCAAUUAUGUUCUGACGGAAACUCGUUUGAGGGCGAUUCGCUCAGAAUUUAUGUACUGGUAUUUCGACUUGGGUGGCGACAAUAAUCGUGGAGAUUAUCAAACGGAUAUACACUCUUCCGUACCUCAAAUUCACAAGAACUUCAAUUUCCAACUUCCGUUCUAUGGAUUCCGAUUUAAUUAUACCAGGCUCUCUAUGAAUGGUUUUCUCGAAUUCAGUGAUCCACCAGAACACUAUACGUAUCCUUUAGUGUUUCCGGUUAAGGAUUGGCCAAAGAAGAACGAUCCGAGUUUCAUUGGUAUUUUUUUCAGUAAAUGUCGCAUAGGUAAACUCAGACCUACGGAUAUCGAUCAGAGAGAACCCGGUGUAUAUUUCAGACUUGAACGAGAUUUACGCAAGAGAACAGAUCAGUUUGGGGUAGAAAUGAGGGAACGUGUCAAAUGGGAUAUUCGUCAGGGUGUUGUUGGGGCUGAUACUUUCGAUCCCAAACAUGCUAUCAUCGUUACAUGGAAAAAUAUGUCUUUUGCUGGUGGAAUUGAUAAUUCACUAUACAGAACUAAUACUUUUCAAAUGGUAUUGGUUACGGACGAAGUUUACACAUAUGCCAUUUUUAAUUAUUUAAAUAUCCAAUGGAGCAGUCAUACCGAAGCUGGUGGUGACACCACAGGUGGUGAGGGCGGUGUACCAGCUUUUAUUGGCUUCAAUGCAGGUAACGGGACACAGAGUUACGAAUAUAAACCGUACUCGCAAAUGUCUACCCUUCGCGAUUUAACUGGAAGAGGCUGGGGCAAUGGCUUUCCCGGAAGACAUAUAUUCAGAAUAGAUGAAAAAAUUAUGCUUGGUACAUGCAACAAGGAUAUAGCGGGUACCCAUUUGCCUCUCGUCUUUGCACCGGAAAGCGGAAAUAUGCUGGGUGGUACCGUGGUCAAUAUUACUGGUCCAUGCUUUGAACCCACUGAUAAGGUCAGAUGUCGAUUUGAUACAGAGAUAGUGGUGGGAACUGUAAUUGAUUCCAAUAGAGCCAUUUGCAUUCAACCUUUUGUCAAAGUUGAGGGGUACAUCCGGUUUGCGGUAGCAAUUGGCAGUGGACAAUACGAUUGGAGAGGCAAAUUCUUUAUUGAAACACCAGCCACUGCCACUGAAAGGAUCUUCUUCUCUAAGGAAUCUGUACGUGAAAGGGAUCCUGCGGAGAUUCGUAUAACGUGGAAUCAAUAUAAUUUAACCAGCAACUUGAAUGCUGGUAUACACAUUUCUUUAUGGGGUUAUCGAGAAAACGCCAUUAGGCCUGAACUGGAGUACAUAGCCACUAUUGAGGCAGGCGCAACGAACACAGGAGCUUAUACAAUUACCCCUAGUAAUUACCGUGAUAACGAGAAUCCUGGACAACGUGACAUGCUCUUCGGUUUCCUUAAAAUUAACUUGACUAAUCCGUCACAGUAUUCUGGCUUAGAAAUUUCACCUGUUCUCUGGAGCAAACCAAUACCUCUUGCAUGGUACUUUGGUCCACAAUGGGAAAGAGUUUAUGGAUCUCAAUGGCCUCAACGUAUUUGUGACACGUGGACAAUGAAUGACAGAUAUUUAAAAAAUUUUGCAGCUAAAGUAUCACUCUGUCCGUGCACCCUCAAACACGCCCUGUACGAUAAGGGUCGUUUCCUUCCUGAUUAUGAUUGCGACAAGGACUCAAAUCCUGACUGUUAUUAUAACCAGGGAGCUGUACACUGCGUAAGGACUGGAGCUCCCAAUUUGGACGGUUCUGCACAGCAAUGUUGCUAUGAUAAGAAUCACUAUUUGAUGUUGAGUUAUGAUCAACAAUGGGGUUCGCGACCUCAACGUUCACAUAAUUUGGGAUUUCUACCUUGGAACGAGGCCAAUAAAGUUCCAACCUUAUCACAUUGGUACCACGAUGUUGCACCUAUGUAUAUGUGCUGCCUGUGGCAGGAUGAAGAUGCCAUCGGUUGUGAAACAUUCAGAUUUGAAAGGCGACCAUCCCAGGAUUGUGUUGCUUAUCAAUCACCGACUGUGGCCGCUGUAUUUGGUGAUCCUCAUAUCGUUACCUUUGACAAUUUGGAAUAUACAUUCAAUGGAAAAGGAGAAUUUGUACUGGUGCGAGUAAACAAUAUUCUGGAUAAGUUAGAUAUUCAAGGCCGUUUCGAACAACUUCCCAAUAACUAUUAUGGAGAAGUACUGGGAACCCAACUUACCGCUGUAGCAGCCAGGGGUAACAAUUCAGCCACUAUAGAAGUCCGAGUGCGUCCUAAUCACGCGCAAUGGCGAUACCGUCUUGAUGUCUUUGCUGAUGGACGUCGCAUUUACUUUGACAGGCAAUCAUUGAAGUUUCAACAUUUUGCUGGUGUACUUGUUUACACUCCAACUUAUAUAUUGAAUCAGAGUGAAGUGAUAAUCAUGUUUGAUACUGGCGCAGGUGUUGAAGUUGUUGAAAAUGAAGGAUUCAUGACAGCUCGCGUUUAUUUGCCAUGGACGUACAUGAACAAAACAAGAGGAUUAAUGGGCAAUUGGAGUCACGAUAUCACCGAUGACUUUACAAAUCCAGAUGGCACUCUAGCAUCUGUCUCGAAUUUAAAUAAUUUCGAAAGGGUUCAUAAAGACUUCGCCAUCAAUUGGUUACUGGAGGACAGAGAGGAUCCUAAUAAAGGAGCGGCUUUAUUUACUCGUGAAUUUGGCAGAACUGCUAGUUAUUACGCUAAUCGAACAUUUGUACCAGAGUGGAAGAGAACGCCGGCUGAAAUAUUAUCAGCAAAUAGAUCACGCGAUAUAUCACGGGCGUACGACCUCUGUGGUGACUCUUAUCAGUGCCAGUUCGAUUAUGCCCUAAGUCUCAAUCGAGAUAUGGCACAUUUUACUAGAAAUUACUAUGAUACAUAUACUCAGAUUAGAACCAUCAACGAAGAAAGAACUAUAAGCUGUGGCAUCCUAGAGAAACCAAGGUACGGUCGAAAGAGCAAUUUCCUUUUUACACCUGGAAGCGAAGUCACUUUUGAGUGCUACACAAACUUUGUACUGAUCGGAGAUCGUCGUCGUCUUUGUACACCCGAGGGACGCUGGGACUUGCCUGAAUAUGGUUACACGGAAUGUCUUCGUUACGUCGAAUAUACUCAACGUACUGCUUGGAUCACCAUGGCUAUCGUUGGUGGUAUACUUCUACCACUGCUCUUCUGUCUUGCUGGUGUUUUUUAUUGCGUAAAGAAAAAAUCAAACCAAGAAAGCUCGACGAGAUCGUGGCGAUUUUCUGAUCGUGGUUCCGGUAUUGAUAACGACUCUGGGUUAUCGAGACAAAGUACACCCUUAAAGGCAUACGAUAGAGCAAUCUCUCCUAAUAGUGAAACCGGUACUGAUACCGACGGAACCGGUACCAGUACUGUUAGAAAACGUCGAACCUACGACAAGGUUUAUCGUACCCAUGAACCACUGCCGGACAGACCAUAUACUGAGUUUGAGGAAAAAGAAUGGGACUUGAAAGAAGAACCAACUUCGCCUAAUGGUUCUGAUACGACUGAUGACAUGAUUAGAAAGAAAACCGGAAGUCCCAGCAGAGAAAGUGACGUUUGAGAUAUCCGGGGGAGACUCCCAUUAGAAACUGUUAGGAAAUCAUGAAUCCACGUUGACGUUUAUCAUUUAAUUAAUUUCAUUCCUUUUUGUAUUCUGGAUAUCUAUGAAUCCGAAUUUUUGUAAUUACAAAGAAUUAUCCAGUCUUGUUAAUCACUGUACUCGCUUCAAAGAGCGAUGCAUACAUUUAUUGCUUAUGAAUGAAAAUGAUGGGAUUUUCAUUAAUGAUUUAUGAAGUACAAAGUUUUUAAAAGAUAUGGGACUUAAUAAUUGUUGUUUAAUUAUUUUUUAUAUUUAUGUAGUUGAGCACUGUUUAUUUUUUGUGAAAAUGGGACGUUAUAAAUGUCUAACUACCAUACGUUCAUUAUCAUCCCCAUCAAUCAAAUAUUCGUUUUUAUCAUUACUGUAUUGACUGAAGACACUGCGAACUUACUUGCGAACCACUACUGUAUACCAAUGUGGAAUAGAAAAUUCCUUUAUUCUUUUUUACAAAUUCGUUCGAUUAUUUUUUAUGCACGUAAUUUAUAAACGUCAAAGAUUUAUUCCAUUGACUACGCGGGACUAACGAACAAAAGUACUUUAAUACUUAAAAAAAAUUCGUACAUAUUACACAUAAGAUUGAUAUCCAAUGAACCUAACUUUAUCGCAAUGAUUUAUCAUUGCAGUUAAUUAUUUUAUACGAUUAUCAUUGUAAACGAAUUCUGAAUAGCUGUAACGUGAUGUUUUCAAUAAAACUUUUUUGUAAACCGCA